GUUUAAUACCAUUUUCACGCUUUUAUUUAUUACCCCUCUGCAAGGCACUGCGUUAUACAUUGAAUUACGUUCUCCAAGAAACUUACCACUGGGAAGACCUCCUUUACAACAGCUGUACAUGCAGCUGAUUUCUUUCUUCAAUAUUUUCCAUCAAUGUCGGCUCAAAAACGAUUAUUUGUUAAAGUUGUUAUACUGGGGGAUAGCGGUGUUGGUAAGACAUGUCUCAUGAAUCAGUUUGUGAAUCAAAAGUUCAGCCGUGAAUAUAAGGCGACAAUCGGAGCUGACUUUUUGACAAAAGACGUGAUUAUAGAUGGGAAAUCCGUCACCCUCCAAUUAUGGGAUACCGCAGGUCAGGAGCGGUUUCAAAGUUUAGGCAUGGCUUUUUAUCGAGGAGCAGAUUGUUGUGUGAUUGUGUAUAAUGUAAAUAACGCCAAAAGUUUUGAAUCAGUGGAGAAUUGGAAACAAGAAUUCCUCUUACAGACAUCUCAAGUUGAAUCCUCCUUUCCAAUUAUUAUUGUCGGUAACCAAAUUGACAAAGAUUCUUCUAAACGGGCCGUGUCCCUGAACCGGGCUUUAGCUUAUUGCAAAUCUAGACGAGAAAAUCCGCUACCACAUUUUGAAACCAGUGCCAAGGAUAAUAGCAACGUUGCUGCACUUUUUGAACAAGUCAGCCGAUACGCUCUAGAAAACGAAACAAUUCAUGAUGAUUUUGUUAAUGAUUUUUCUGAACCCCUUAUCAUUUCUAAACCCCCUAAUAAUUCUAAUUGUAACUGUUAAUUCCUUACCAAUUCUGGCACUUUUACUGUUCAUUUCUUUUCGUUUGCUGUCUGUUCCAAGUUGAAACAUAAUUAAAGUUGUAUCGUUCACGAAUAGCUGCCAUCUACGCUGAUGCGCUAAAUACACUCUUUCUUUCGUUGUCUAUUGUUAUUACUAACAUCUCGGUACUUGCUCUAUAUUUUAUAAAUGUUAAAUAAUUUAGAUUUAAUGAAUUUCAUCAAAAAGAAUGCGUAU